GUGGUUUUCGGAGUGGGGUUUGUAGGCAAUUACUGAAAAUCAUGCGAUGUGCGCAAUGGUCGUCGCGGACGGUCAGAACUGACAUCUUGGCACGGGCUAAGUUGAGAACAUAAGAACCCGUAUUCCAGGCCGACCGAACGACGGAUGAGAGAUUAGUGAAAGUGUGCGAACCGCGUAUUGCGGCCAGAGUGCUUUAGUCAGCGGAGGGGAGCAGCAAAAUUGCCACCAAAACCUGAUGCCACGCGACGUCGAUUAGGAAAACUCGCAUGCAGAGCAGGCGGCGGCACGGGAUUUAAUAUGUGCAAUUUGUGAGCCGUGCGUUGUUUGUGGUAUUGGCCAAAUUGGGCGGACAGCGAAAGUCUUGUGCAAUACGACCGUCUGUGCGGAUACGAAGCUAGAUAAAACGUUACGUCGAUAAACUCGCCUCCCAGUCUUGCGCCACGGGUGAGGUUGCAUCACACGGCGCCUACUUGCAGCAACUUUUCGUUGAGUAUUGCAAGCCCAGCGAAGCGGCUCCGGGAGCGCAUAGCUGUGCCUGCUUUGACACACUUUACACACGACGAAAGUAUACCAGAUAAAGAAACACAACACACGUGUACGAAAGCACAAUGGCUACUAAUAGGUCCCAGCAUGGUCGUGGUGAGGCAAUAGGUACCAAUGCACCAGUCGAAACAGUACCGCCGACGGCAGGAGGGCUAGUCGAGUACCGGAACCUACUCGACGCAAAGUAUCGCGAGUUUCGAGACAUGACCAAGCGCUACGCACCGACACUGGCCAACGCAAAGGACAAGGCCGUCACGCCUCAGAUGCUGAAGAAGCUCGUGCUCUCAAGCGAUCGUAUUCAAGCCCUCAUUGACGAGGUUUUUUUCCCAUUUGUUUUUAACCAGCAAUCGGCUAAUGAUCCAGUGAAGCGUGACGUGUUGGUGAGAAAGAUUCGCGACCUGCUGGAAGAGAUUGCACUCGACCAGAGUUUACCGGUCAUCCGGACGCUCGGUACGAUCCUGAAUGCCAUUUUCGCGCGAAUCUACACCGGACUGCACGUGAACGAGGUGAAGCUUGAGCAACUGCGGUCUCGCUUUGGCCGCCAGACGGUCCUCUACCUGCCGAGCCAUCGUAGCUACGGUGAUUUCAUCCUGAUGUCGUACGUCCUGUUCUGCUACAACAUUGCCAUUCCGGGAAUAGCGGCUGGCAUGGACUUCCACUCGAUGGCCGGCAUGGGCAGUGCCCUGCGCAAGACGGGCGCCUUCUAUAUGCGGCGCAGCUACGGCAACGAUCGACAGUAUUGGUACAUCUUUCGGGAGUAUAUGCGGCAGCUGAUCGUCGCGUACGAGCGGGGCAUCGAGUUCUUCCUCGAGGGCACGCGCAGCAGAAGCAACAAAGCGCUGACACCGAAGAUUGGCCUGCUGUCGAUGGCGCUUGAGCCCCUGUUUAUGGGUGAAGUGGAGGAUCUAUGGAUCGUGCCGGUGAGCGUUUCUUACGAUCGGCCCGUGGAGGAGCAACUGUUUGUGUACGAACUGCUCGGGGUCCCGAAACCGAAGGAAACCACCCUCGGGAUGCUGAAGGCGCUGAGCAUUGUGAAGGAAAAUUUCGGUACCAUUUAUCUCGAGUUUGGAGACGCAUUUUCGGCGAAGGAGUACUUUGGUGGGAAGCUAGACCGAGUGCAGCAUACGGUGGCCCCUUCGUAUGCGCAAUUACUGGCGCAGCAGGAACGCGAUGCGAUUCAGCAUCUUGCCAACGAUGUGGUGCACCUACAACAACGACGCAUGGUACUGACCACAUUUCAUCUGAUUGCACUGUACUACAACCUGCGCAAGUACCACGGCCAGACGGUUGAUCUUACGGAGCUGGAGAAAGGUGUCCGACAACUGGGUGUCAUCUUUGGCGACCUCGGGGCCAUCACCGAGGUGGAAGAUGAGCGUGAGGUGAACAGCCGGAUCGCGCAGUCACUCGCCGUGCACCGAAACAUCCUGCAGCUGACGUCCGGACGGAUCCUGGUCAUUGCCAAAACGCGGCACGAUUUCAGCCAGGUCGACAAACGGAAGCUAAAGGGACACAAUCUUUCCGACGCGGUCAUGAAGCUUUCGGUUCCAAUUUUCUCCCUUCAGCUCUACUGCAACCCCUGCCUGCACUGGUUAGCCGUACCGGCGAUGGUUUUGCUGACGGCACGGCAUUUCCAUGCCACCACAGGCCAGGCCACGAUGCAACGCAAUGACCUGCAAAAGGGAGUGCGCGAGCUGAGACAACUAUUCAGUCUGGAGUUUGUCCUGCACCAAAAUCGGGAGACAGAAGAUUUCGAUUCAGCCGUGAACCAUCUGCACCGACAAGGACUGAUGCUCACAGUUGAUAGCAGUACCCAGGGUCUGGGUAUCGUAUCCAGCAAGGAUCAGCUGGCGAACGUUUAUCUCAGUGCACUCGGGCCAUUCCUGUGCACAUAUCUUCAGGUGACGAACGUGCUGUUGGAACAGUUUCGGAACAGCGGGGAGCAAUUCACUGAGAAAGACUACAUGGCCCGCGUGCAACAGUACAUAGAGCAGUUACUGUUGCGCCAGGAGCGUAACGUGCACCCGUAUUGCCUGUCGUUGGACAGCAUAAGUCUCGCCCUGCAUUCUCUAGUCAUACUCGGUGCGAUCCGGAAAAGUAAACGAGAGAGCGUCUAUGUCUACGAUCUAACGCCGACCGACGUGAUUGAAUCGAUCAACCGCCAGCUGGCUGCGAAGAGCGCGCUGUUACCGUUCCAGUACCUUACAUUCCAGGAUGCAGUUACUGGAAGCAAGCUGUAAAUGCUUCCGUAUCUAGCAAAUUUACUCCAUCAUACCAUAAAGUUUAAACUCUACAGUUUCGAACAAUCGUUAGUUUUUUUGUGUUCAAAUUUCAUUUAUUGUGAUUAACUUAUGUUUUGGAACGUAGUUUUGUUUUAGCUGUACUCGUUAGAAAAGCUUUGCAUUUUACUUUAGUUGGAUAGAUGGAUAGUGACGGGACUUCUUCUGGGACGAGGGAUCGACUCAUAAACGCUAAAGGUGGAAAAUAAUAAAUUUAACCCAGGUUCCAGGCAAUA